UUUAUUAUUAUAAUAUCGACAAAUUGAAUAACACAACGAUGCGGCGUUGUUUACAUUUCAGUAUUUUACGACGACCGAUGAUGAUCGUUCGAAAGUAUAUUAAUACAGUCUGCACGGACGGCGUAAAUUGAAACUAGACAAGACGUACACAAUCGGCUGUAUUCGAAUUUCGAAAUAAUUACGUACAGCACUAAAAAAAAUUCACGUGGUGGGGGACACAAAUAACGAAUUACGAUCCCGACAUAAUAUUAUUAUUUAUUAUUCACGUAAUCUCGUCCCGUCGGCGAUCACCGAUAAUAUCCACUGAUGAGUGACGACUGCGCUGGUCGCUGGUGAGAAGUGAGUACUGACAAGUGCGAAAACUGCGAACACCAGACACUAAGACGCGUCGUCUCGAACCCAUUAAUAUUAUAUGGUUCUGUUUCUGAAGUUUUUGUAGUAUUGUCUACACACGUCUGGCGGAUUUCUGAUACUAUACUCGCCUACCUAAAAAAUUUCAAUAUGGAUUCUUUAAUUAUGGUUAUGAACAAACUACAAGACGUUUUUUCAACUGUUGGUUCAAAACAAAAAGUUGACCUUCCACAAAUCAUUGUGGUAGGCUCACAAAGCUCUGGAAAGAGUAGUGUCUUAGAAAGUUUGGUGGGCAAAUCAUUUUUGCCAAGAGGUACUGGUAUAGUGACACGAGCUCCUUUAGUCUUGCAUCUAAUAGAGCCAACCGAAUGUGAAAUUGGGAAUGGUGAUUCCAUGAAAUCAAAAGAUUAUGCCAUAUUUCUGCAUAAACCUGGGCUUACUAAAGUGCCUGUUGGUGGCCAACCUCAAGACAUAGAACAGAAAAUAAGGGAAUUAGUAUUAAGUUUUAUUAAAAACCCAAAUUCAAUAAUAUUGGCGGUGGUUACAGCAAAUACUGACCCAGCCACUAGUGAGAGCUUGCAUAUUGCCAAAUCUGUAGACCCAAAUGGUGAUCGUACAAUAGCAGUUGUUACUAAAAUAGAUAUAAUGGAUGCUGGGACUGAUGCUUCAGAGUUACUUUCUGGAGAAGUUAUUCCAGUUAAACUUGGAAUAAUCGGUGUCAUAAAUCGUUCGCAAAAAGAUAUAAAUGAUCAAAAAACUAUUGAACAUUCUCUUAAGGACGAAAAUACAUUUUUUGAUAAAUUUUAUCCCGAUAUAGCACAGAACCAUGGCACGGUUGUAUUAGGAAAACAACUUGAGUCUCUCUUGAUAGAAAAAAUAAAAGAGACCUAUCCAAAACUAAAAGCCCAACUAUAUGAAAUGAACAAUAAGUAUGAACAUGAAGUGAAGAAAUAUAAAGAAUUUACUGAAAACUAUGAUCGAUCCUUGCUUGAUUUGAUCACGCAGACUGCAACUAGUUAUAAAGCUGGAUUGGAUGGCCGAGCUGAUUUAAGUUAUAAAAACCUUAAUGGAGGUGCUACCAUUGCGAAAUAUUUCAAAACCAAUUUUAAUAAAGAUAUUAAUGAAAUUGAUCCACUUCAAGGCUUAUCUCCUGACAUUAUUAUUAAUGUUAUUAAUAAUGCAUCUGGAACAAGCAUGGGCGUUUUUAUGCCAACUGAUGCAUUUGAUCAUUUGGUAAAGAAACAAAUACAAUUGUUAGAAGCUCCAUCAUUAGCAUGUGUCACUACUGUACAUGAUGAGUUAAUGGCAAAUAUAUUUAAACUUGAUGAAGACAUUAGUUACAAUUUAAAAAAAUAUCCUAAACUUUAUGAAAAAAUUAAUGAAAUAUUAUUAGAAUCAUUGGCUAAGUACAAGCUAAAAACAUCAGAAGCAGUUAGUAAAUUAAUUGAAUACCAGAAAGCAUACGUGAAUACCGAUCACGUUGACUUUAUUGAUUCUAUAUUAAAAUCCGAUGAAUUUUAUGAGCUUUUUGAGAAACCAGCCAAAAUCAAUAAAUUAGGCAAAUUUGAGGAACAAGGGUUUGCCGAAUUACCAAACUACUACAAUAGUCAAGAAGAGAUGGUCUCACACAAAAAUGAAAUUAAAUCAUGCCCGAAGAGCAUAACACUAAAAAUUCGCAAAACUGUGGAGAAAAUAACAACAUGUGCUUUUAGUGGUUUUCCUGAUUCUGAUAAACUUAUAUUAGAAAGUAGAGCGGGUUUACUCAAAUUAUUUAUAAAAUGUUACUUUAUGGUUAUUAAAAAAAUAAUUCAAGAUACGGUGCCCAAGACAAUUUUGUGUGAAAUGGUAAACAAGAUAAAAGAUAACUUUCAGAAAGAUUUAAUUUCCAAAGUGUACAAAUCAAGUAAUCUUAAUAUGGCAGAAUUGUUACUUGAAUCCAAAGAUAUUGAAGACGAACGAAUAAAAGCAAUUAUUCGUUAUGACGCAUCUACAAAAGCAUUACAGCUCAUGAGAGAAAUAGAACAAAUUUGUCUCAAAACUGAGUCAUAAAUAUUUUAUUAAAAUGUAUUUUUUUUUUACUUAUUACACUAUACAAGUAUGUUCAAAAUGUGUUCAUUAAUUAUUAAUAAACUAAACUUAAAAUAUAAACUAAUUUGAUAUAUUCAUAAAAAUGUAUAGUUACUGUAUGUUUUAGAGGGCUUUUCAAACUUAAUAGUUUAUCAGCUAUAAUAUGUAUAAUAUGAAUGUAUAACUGAUUAUAAAAAAAAAUUUCAGAAAUACCACUAUUUAAACGAAGCUACUAAGUUAUUAUAAUAGUAAUACAAUUAAUGAAUAAACAUUAUAAUAUUAUAUUAUGGUAUAAAUAGUUUACUUGUUAAAU